AAUACCGUCUCGACUGUCGAGCUGGGUGUCGCUGCUAGUUGAAUUUAUUUGGAAAUGGCGUCUGUGUGACUCAAGACUGAAGUUUGUAACGGUUUUGAGUAGUCAUCAUCAGCAGAAGAGGAAGAGUCGCAGCUGGUAGCUAACCAGCACCACCAGGGCGCCCCCACAUCUCCACCGCUGCUCGCCCCGUCACACAGCAGCUAAGUGGACCCAGGUUUGUUUCUCUAGACAUGUCUGGAAGAAGUGGACACACCAGGGCUGCUGCUGCUGCUGCUGUGGGUCCGCAGCCCCUCAAGGCUACUGUUCCCUACCAGCUGGCCAGCAAACCGAGACCGAACCGGAGGGAUGGGAAGUCAGCUGGAAAGGCCAAAUCACAAAAGCUGAGCUCAGGCAUGAGGCGGACGCUGUCUCUUGAUGCCAUCAUCGGGCCGUACCUGCAGGGACACUGGCCGAAAGAACCCGAAGGCCAGAGCAGUCUGUCUCGCAAGGACAAGUCCACCCAGACCCCAGACUCAUGGUCAGACAAAUCUCAGAGCAGGAGAGGUAGCAGCAGCCACAAACGUUCAGCAUCAUGGGGCAGCGCUGAGCAUCUGCGAGAGAUUGCUAAACUAAAACAACAACUGCAGCAGUGCAGCAAACCUGCAGCCUCAGGGGGACAUGACAAAGACCGCCAGCGUGGAUAUCCUCAGGGGAGCUGUAGCUUAGGAACCACUCAGACUCAGCCUGUUCCCAUCCCCCUCGCUCCCCUGUCUACAUUGGUCCCUCGACUGCGCUGCAGCGUGGAGGGCCUCAACCAGGAGCUGGAAGGCAUGUUCAUCAGCCAGCCACCACACCCACAGCAAAGGCUCCUCGAGGUUCCAGAUGGUCACCGGGCUCCAGUCCCUCUGCAGAGCUGCAGCAGCGGAUCUCAGAGCGACCCCGCCACCACACCCCUGUCCUCAUCCUCCACCUCCUCCUCCCCCUGCUCCUCCCCCAACUACGUCUGCACUUCCCAGUCCAACUCAGCAGACGCUCCUCUGGACCUACACCAAGGGUUAAUAGACGGUGCAGAGUUGUGCCUCCUGUCUCCGUUCUCCUCCCAGAAUGAGGCUGAGCUCUCGCUGCCUCUGCUCAUCUCCUCCUCCCCAGGACCAAACAAAAGCUGCUGCUUCCAGAGAGAACCUCCAGAGGGCUGCGAGAAGGUUCGAGUUUGGGAGGAGAUCAGCACUCCACGCCAACCCAAACCAGCCCUCAUUUCCUCCUGCCCAGACCCCAACAAGGUAAACUUCACCCCCCAUGGGGGCUCAGCCUUCUGCCCCGUCAGCCUCCUCAAGCCUCUGCUCCCCUCCAUGGACCUGUUGUUCCGCAGCCUCGCCGUCUCUCCAGCAGGCAGCUGCUCGAGCCAGGGGACAAACUCCUGCCAGGCAACGUCCUCUGGCAACAGGGCCGCUCCUCCAGAUCCUCCUGCAGCCUCCACUGUGACGGGAGAAAGCUCCGGAGAGGGCCUCGCUUUCUGAUCACAGCUGCAGGUCUUUUCUGUGGAGAUGAUUAUAAUGCAAAUAUUUCAGUAAUCUGGGACAGAUGUGUUGCUUUUUAAGGAAAGUCUCAUUCCUUUUCUACACAGGCAUAAAUUAACGUUAUGUUAAAUAAAGAAUAAUAUUGGAAGAAAGAUUAAAUGUCAUCCACAAUCCAAAAGACAUUCCUUUAUAAGCUACUUGUUUUGGGUUUCCAAGAAUUUUGAACUUCCUUGACUAAAAGGCCUUUUGGUUUUAUCAUUUUAUUAUCCAAAGAUAUACUUUUGGCCAAAAUCCAGUGGGAGACAGAGGACUGCUAACUUAUUCCAGUCUUAACUCUGUCUCAGAUGUGAUUUGUUGGAUGACUGACUGCUGACUCGCUGCACAGAUUUCUGUCUGUUUCCCCAAAGAAGCCAUGCAUGUUCAAAAUUUAAGGAGUCUGGGUCGAGUACGAAAACUCCUUCUUGGAUAAGUUUGCUUGUUUUUAAGUAUUCAAAGAACUUUAUCUGCAACUCACUUUUCUUUUUCUUUUUUUUUUUUACCUAACUCAACCUUGCACCUGUUACUAGUGUACAAAGCACGACAAAUCAGUUGGGUACUUUAUAUUUACCUGAUUUCUAACAGAAACAACACAAUGAAAUCACAUUUUUUGAUUAUUGUAGACUGAAGGGAAUUUUCCAGUUUUUGGACUUGGGUAGCGUCGAUACCCACCAGGCUUCAGCUCAUGCAUUCCUGCUUUAAAAGUAUGUUGCUUUUGUUGUCAUGUUGUUUACUUGCAAAAAAAAAAGAAAAAUGUAACUUGUGUACGUGUUGACGGCUAAAGACCUAUUAUUCCUCGAUUGUUCUAGAUGUGUGCUUGAUGGUAUGUUUAUAGUUUUGAGGUUUCACGGCCUAGUUGACUACCUAACCAGUUUUAGUGGUGUAGAUUUGUCGUCUUUAACGUUUCUCUAAAGACGUUCUUUUUGUUCUGCCAAGCUGACAAGUUGAUGAUCAAAUAGUUUUAUUUCUGGUAGACAUGUUUGCACAAAUUGAACUGCUACUUUUGAGUCGCAAUUCUUAUUUUUUUAUAUUCACUUUUUGUACUUCAGUGUAAAUUUCAGAGUAGUAAUGUGUAUUUUCUACAUCUUUUUCAAAUACCUGCAACAUAAGCUAAAAACCCCUGUUACUUCUAGUUUUGUUCUGUCGAUAUAACUGAGGCAGGUGUUACGUGAGAUAUUGUAUCGGGUGGAUUUUUAUGCACUUCCAGGAGAGGGUUUUACAUGGAGCGGGAGGAGGAGGAGAGGUUUCCUCCAUACGUUAGUCCUGGUUUAUCGUCUCUGACAGUUUUGUUUGUGUGUGUGUGCAUGUGGAUGGAAAGUUGACUGGUCUGAUCUUUUUGACUAAUUUCCUCUCGUUUUAGUGUCCUGGUGAAAUGCUGAUGGAUUGAAACAUUGUCUUUUUUUUUUUUUUUUCCCAAAUAAUCCUCUUGCAAUGUUUCCUGAGUCACUGUGGAUGCUGGGGAUGUGCUGUUAUCUCAGGUUCUGUGUUCUGUCCACAUAAAUAUAUGAUGGUAAUCUGUA